AUGCCAAGAGCCAUCUUGAAGCGGCUCCAGAACAAUUUCUUUGACGCGACAAGCUCAUUCACGACUUUGCGACAGCCACCAGACCGACCGGAAACUCCACCCCGACCACUAGCACACUGCCCGACAACCAUGGAUGAGCCCAGGUACCAGCCGAGUCUGAUUCGCAUGUGGAGGGUCUGGCGGACGGCCAAGGAGAUGAUGUACGAGCGGGGCUACAAUGUCCUGGAUGAGGAGAUGACCAUGUCGCUCGAGGCAUUCGCCGACAAGUACGCGCGCGAAGACGGAGAACCAGACCGCUCACGCCUCAACUUUUCCUCAACACCCUCCGAAGAAAUGCUCAUCAAAUACACGCCCAUGCCCACGAAGAAAGAGCCAAAUCCCGUACCCGCCAUCGGCACCAUAUGGUGCGAAUUCAACGCCGACGAGGCCGUCGGUCUGAAGCAACUGCGCGACUUCAUGAACCACCUGGGCAGCGGCUCCUUCUACUCCGGCAUCAUGGUCACCGUCAAGCCCAUCACCGGCAUGGCCAUCCGCCUCCUGCGCGGCGCGUCCAACCUCAGCGACGGCCCCAAGGGCGGCAUCGAAGUCUUCGUCGAGCAAGACCUCCUCGUCAACAUCACAAAGCACGAAUUGGUCCCCAAGCACGUGCUGCUCAGCGCGGAAGAAAAAGCCCAGCUCCUCACCCGCUACCGCUUGAAGGAGACGCAAUUGCCGCGUAUCCAGUCCACAGAUCCCGUCGCCAAGUUUCUGGGCCUGAGGAGAGGCUCCGUUGUGAAGAUUAUUCGAAAGUCAGAAACGGCCGGGCGGUACGCGAGUUAUCGAUGGGUCAUUUGAGCGGCUUUUUUUUAUGCAGAAAAGGGCAAAAGCAUUAUCUGGCGCGGCGUUUUUGGGCGAACAUGGAACGGGAAGAGAUCAAUUUGGCAUUUUGCGGGAACAAGCUCUAAGUGGCUUGAUGACGCAGAAACUUUGUAUACCAAUAAUUCCAACGUUUAUUGUGCUUUUGGACUCGUAAUGCUCUUUUCGAGUACGAGACGCAGCCACAA